GUCCAUCUCCCUAAAUUCUCUGUCCGUGACAACUUUUUCUUUGGACACUCACACAACAACUACUACAAUUCUUUGCUUUUCUUGCUAAAGCAGAAAUAUUUGGACUUCUGGGUAUCAUAGAGAUUUGUAAUCUCUUUUGUUUUCUCCAUUGUGUUUGGGAUUGAUUGAUGAGGAGGUAAGAGCCAUAUCUCUGUUCUUUCAGAUUGCUCUGUCAGUGACAAACGUUGGACCUCAACUAUUUUCUGGUUCUUUCCAUUUUAGGAUGAGAUGUGUAGCAUGUGUCACAAUUGUGGUGCAGAAUUGUUGAAGUUGGAGGAAAAGAACAAACAGAAGAAUGGGAAUUCUUUAAAAUUUGAUACGGGAGGUCCCAUUUGGUCUUGUAAAUUAUGUGGGGAUAAGCAGCAGGGAGAAUCUAUAAAACGGGAUAGUUUGAAUCCAUAUACAACACUGAUGAUCAGUCCAACUACUUCAUUAUCAAGCAGUGAUAGCUUUGGAUCUAAUUGCAGUGAGUUUUCGGUUGAUGUAAACUCAUAUGACAGGUGUAAUCGGGAAGAAAGUACGACGGAUGAUAGUCAAGAGGGUCAUAGAAGAAUGGAAAACAACUCAAAGGAAAUCAAUGGUGGCAAUGAUAGGCACAUUGCAAGGGAUGUGGAAAUACUAAUAAGUAAUGGUCAAGAGCCAAAAGAUGGUGUUCCUGGCUAUGAUGGCAAAUUGUCUAAUGAAGUAGCUGAGAAUUCUCAAUCUAUUGAUGAUGAAUUGGACACCAAAAUUUGGGAACCUCCAGAAGCAGAAGACCCAGAGGAUGACAUGGAGGGGAGCAUGGCUUAUGAUGAUGAUGAUGAUGAUGAGUGUGGUGAUGGCACUGAGUGGGGCAAGCCAGCUUCUUUGAGUCGCUUUAGAGAUGAAGGAAGUGGGAGUUACAAGUUUAAAGUGGAAAAACAAAAAGCAAUGGAAGAGGUGAUAAAUGGGAGGUUCAAGGCCCUUGUUUGCCAUCUUCUUAAAUCCGUGGGUAUUGCAUUUUCUAGGGAAGAUGGUGAAAGUUGGGUGGAUAUAGUUACUUCUUUAUCAUGGGAAGCUGCUUCAUUUUUGAAGCCUGAUGCUAUUGAUGGUAAAGCAAUGGAUCCAAACGGCUAUGUGAAAGUGAAAUGCAUUGCAACUGGUUCUCGCAGCCAAAGUCAAGUAGUAAAAGGUCUGGUCUUCAAAAAGCGUGCUGCUCACAAGCACAUGCCAACUAGCUACAAGAAUCCAAGGUUGUUGCUGAUCAGGGGCGAGCUUGGUCAAUUUUCUAGUGGGUUGUCAUCGUUCGCUUCAAUAGAGCAGCAGGGAAAAGAUUAUCUGAAGUCUCUCAUUGAGAUGAUAGAAUUGUGCCAUCCAAAUGUGAUUUUAGUAGAAAAAACUGUUUCUCGUGAUAUCCAGGAGUCUAUUCGUGCACAAGGAAUGACACUGGUCUAUGAUAUGAAGCUUCAUCGCCUAGAGAGAAUAGCCCGUUGUACUGGCUCACCAAUGCUAUCAUCUGAUACUUUGACCACUCAAAAGCUAAAACGAUGCGAGUCUUUUCAUAUCGAAAAAUUUAUAGAGGAACAUGCACCUUUUGGUGAAGGGGGAAAGAGGCCCAGUAAAACACUGAUGUUUCUUGAAGGCUGUCCCACGCGUCGUGGUUGUACGAUUUUGCUGAAAGGCGCACACAGCGAUGAAUUGAAGCGGACUAAAUGUAUUGUGCAGUGUGCGGUUAUCAUGGCAUAUCAUUUAAUUCUUGAGACAUCUUUCCUUGUUGAUCAGAGGGCAAUGUUCUCUACAAUUCGAUUUCCUGAAGUGGUGAAUGUCUUGCCAACUGAUCAACAAUCCCCUAAUUUAGGAUCUGCUAACUCAAGUGUUCCUUGUAUUGAGGAUUUUACUUCCACAAAUGGGUCACAUACAGUUGAUAUUCCCAUUUCCAAUGGAUUCCUUGAAGAAAAUACCCACAAUUCAAACUUAGAAUCAGAAAGCAACUCCACAUUAACUUAUGAGCCAUAUAAUCCAGCUGUUUUCUCUGGGUUGUCGUCUCUUUCUACUUCGUUAAAGAAAGUUAUAGCAGACAGUUUCCCUCUUGCCACCUCUACUCCGUAUCAGUCACUGUCAUCAUACUUUGGAUUCAAUGGAAGGCAAUCCAACAGUCAUGGCAGUGAAGCUGUUUCUCUUUCAACAACUCCAGGGGCAGUUGACUAUUCAGAUAUGGGAGCUAAAGGUAGUUCCAUCGAAGCAAAGUCAUUUGAUGGUGGACAGUUUCAGACUUCUUCAGGUUUCACUGAAGUCCCUCUAGAGAUAAAAAUAGAUGGCGGUACUAGUGAAGACCAACUGCAAAGUAGGGAUGGCAUCAACACGGUGACAAAUUCUCAGAGUAUUUUGGUUUUGAUGUCUUCCCGGAAUGCUGUAAGGGGGACAAUAUGUGAGCAGAGCCAUUUUUCUCAUAUCAUGUUCUACAAGAAUUUUGAUGUUCCUCUUGGAAAGUUUCUGAGGGAUAAUUUACUCAAUCAGAGAAGCCAGUGCACCACAUGUGGUGAAUUACCAGAAGCUCAUUUUUACUAUUAUGCACAUUAUAAUAGGCAGCUUACUAUACAAGUUAAACGGCUUCCUGAAGAAAAACAUUUGCCCGGGGAAGCAGAAGGGAAGCUUUGGAUGUGGAGUUGUUGUGGUAGAUGUAAACCUGAGAAUAGAAUCUCAAAAUCUACAAAAAGAGUGUUGAUUUCCAAUGCUGCCCGUGGUUUAUCCUUUGGAAAGUUCUUGGAGCUCAAUUUCUCUCACGCCUCUUCGUCUAGCAGAUUAUCCAGCUGUGGCCAUUCUCUGCAUAGGGACUUCCUGUACUUCUUUGGGUCAGGUCCCAUGGUUGCAAAGUUCAAAUACUCUACAGUAGCAAUAUAUAAUGUUUCUGUGCCUCCUCAGAAGCUGGAGUUUAGCAAUUCAAUUAGACAAGAGUGGCUCAGGAAAGAAACUGAGAAUGUGUACAUGAAAGGGAUGCUACUGUUCACAGAGGUUGCGAACUCUUUGAAGAAGAUCAGAUCUCAAUUCACAGGAAGAACUCUGAACUUGCGAGGCACAUCAUUAGAUUUAUCUGAUAUUGAAGAGAUGUUGAAGCACGAAACGUCUGACUUUGAGGUAAACAUUCAGAAUGCUGUUUCUAAGAAUGGGAAUCCAGACCAGGCUGUUUACAAACUUCUCAGCUUGAACCGAUUAUUGUGGGAACUUCUGCUUGAAUCAUGCGUUUGGGAUCGACGAUUGCAUUCGCUACUCUCACCCGAACAUACAGUAGGUGACUCUAAUACUGCUGAGAAAGUAAUACAAGAACAAGUCAAAUUGUUGGAUGGCCCUGCUGCUGGAGGCAUUGACGGGACCGCAACAAUUUUGGAGAAUGGCAAUGUAGUCUUUGAUGACAGUGCCAAUUUGAAAGUUAAGUUAGAUACAUCUGUAGAAGCAAAUGGAUUUCCAAUCAAAGAAAUUCCAGUAGAAGGCCCAGUUCAAGAAUCUAGUGAUGGAGAUGAUGUAUUUAAUACAUCUGCUGUGGCUGAGGGUGAGAUGCCAACUCUGGGUCUAAGUACAAAUGGAUCAUCUGACCAAGAGUGCGCUGUGAAUGGCUCUGUCCAUCGUCAGUCUGGUGAUGAUAAUUGUCAGGCAGUGAUUCUUUCUUCGUCUGAUCAUUCCCAAAUGGAUAGAACUGUUCCAAUUUCCACAGGGCUUGAGAAUGCCGAUUCUAUAUCUGAUUUUCAUGUAUCAAAGAAGGAUAAAUCUCUACGGUCACUCUCAUCCAGCUUAGAAAAUUCAAUUGAAUGGCCCUGGACACCUUUCUCAGAAAUACGGCAGAUAGGCAUGAUGGAUCUCCUGAAAGGUUACUUGAAGAAAUUUGGAUCUAUCAGUAGAUAUACUCCAGAAUACAUUCCCACAGCGGAGCAACUGAUCAUUGAGGAAGGCUCAAGGCUGCACAUUCCUCUUGAAGCUGAUAAUUAUAUUGUAUCAGACUAUGAUGGUGAACUCUCAAGCAUAAUUGCCUGUGCACUGGCGUCCUUGAUGGAUGUACCUGUUCCAUCGGAAGUUCUUGAUGAGGUUAGUAAGAGGGAGAAUGGAAUGGCCACCAAGUCAUUUGAAAGUUUAUACAGCCUAGGUCGAAGUUCCGCCAGUACUUACCCACCUUGGUCUUCAAAUGGUUCUUCAGAUUCAGAUUCAGUCCAUUCUACACCAAGCAUUUCUUUAGAAGAUCCACGGUUCUCCAGUUUUGAUGGGUUGAAUUUGUUGGAUUCUCUAGUCCCUCCAGAUCCUUUUAAUCCAGUUGUCAAUCUGCUUGGGAAGGGUAAAUAUACUGUAGCUUGUCUAUAUGCGAAUGAAUUCCGUGAUCUUCGCCAUCGCUGCUGCCCAUCUGAGGUUGAUUAUAUUGCUUCCCUAAGCCGUUGUAGGAACUGGGAUGCCAAAGGUGGGAAGAGCAAAUCAUUUUUUGCUAAAACACUAGAUGACAGGUUUAUUAUAAAGGAAAUUAAAAAGACAGAAUUUGAUUCAUUUAUGAAGUUUGCUCGGGAUUAUUUCAAGUACAUGAAUCAGUCAUUUGAGUUGGGGAACCAAACAUGCCUUGCAAAAGUUCUUGGGAUCUAUCAGGUAAGUAUCAGACAGGCAAAAAGCGGGAAAGAGAAUAGGCAUGAUCUGAUGGUCAUGGAGAAUCUUAACUAUGGUCGGAAAACUACUCGUCAGUAUGAUCUUAAAGGUGCUCUACAUGCUCGGUACACUGCAGCAGCUGAUGGUUCAGGCAAUGUUCUUUUGGAUCAGAACUUUGUCAAUGACAUGAAUUCCUCUCCCUUGUAUGUUAGUAAUAAAUCCAAGCGUCUCUUGCUACGGGCUAUUUGGAAUGACACAGCUUUUCUUAAUUCAAUCAACGUUAUGGAUUAUUCUUUACUAGUGGAUGUGGAUACGGAGCGCCGGGAGCUUGUAUGCGGGAUCAUUGAUUAUCUGAGGCAGUAUACCUGGGACAAGCAACUAGAGACUUGGGUGAAAUCUUCACUUGUUCCAAAGAACGUUUUGCCAACCGUAAUUUCUCCCAAAGAAUACAAAAGAAGAUUCAGAAAGUUCAUGGCUUUGCAUUUCUUUUGUGUCCCAGAUCAUUGGUGCUCACAAAUGUCCUCUGAAUCUUGUGAACUUUGUGGAGUCAGAGAUGAAGAUGAUGAUGAUACUUCUCAGCCGAAAUCCCAAAAGAAAGGGAGGCUUAAUGGUUUUUCCGCAUGAGUCUCAUUUACUUGUUUAUAUUGAUCAUUUUACUUUUGCUGCUGCUUCACCCUUACAGUUUUUACAUAUACUGUAAAUAGAUGAGUAUCCCAGUUUAUAUACCCAGCCCCAGUUAUUCUGCGAUUUUUAGCAAAUGUCUGGGGUCAGUUCCAUUCCUAUAGGUCGGUCCAAGCUCACCCUGAGGUUUUUGUAAAGUCGAAGUGUUUUACUUGGAAUCAAUUACAAGUUGCAGUCCCCAAAAUGUGUUACAUGAUGUAUUUUUGACAGUGUUCUUGUACACAUUUGUCAAUUGUCACUAUCAAUCACCAUUAUUACGUGGAAUGAAAUGCACAUUUAUAGAAAUUUG